AUGGAGCCGGGUCCGCGUCAGGUGAAGAGGCCGCGGCUGGAGUCCGAGCUCGAGGCCCGGGGGAGCGGGGGGCCGGGCUCCGAGACCCGGGGGAGCGGGGGGCCGGGCGCCGAGGCCCGGGGGAGCGGGGGGCCGGGCGCCGAGGCCCGGGCCCGGCAGGACGGCGCCUAUUUCCACUCGUACUCGGACGUGUCGAUCCACGAGGAGAUGAUCGCGGACUCGGCCCGGACCGGCUGUUACCGCCGGGCCCUGCUGGGAGGCCUGCGGCCUGCGUCCGGGCCCGAGCCCCGGGCUCGAGUGAGCCCGCUGCGGGGCCGCACGGUGCUGGAUGUGGGCGCGGGCACGGGCAUCCUGAGCGUCUUCUGCGCGCAGGCGGGGGCGGCGCGCGUGUACGCGGCGGAGGCGAGCGCGGUGAUGGCGGAGCGCGCCCGGGAGGUAGUCGAGGCGAACGGGCUGAGCGGCCGCGUGCUGGUGCUGAGGGGCCGCGUGGAGGAGGCCGAGCUGCCCGAGAGGGUGGAUGCCAUCGUCAGCGAGUGGAUGGGCUACGGCCUGAUGUACGAGUCGAUGCUCCGCAGCGUGCUGCACGCCCGGGACCGCUGGCUCAAACCGGGCGGCCUGCUCUUCCCGUGCCGGGCCGAGCUCUACAUCGCCCCGGUCAGUGACCCGGCCCUGCACGAACGCCUCUCCUUCUGGGCCGGAGUCAAGGAGCAGCACGGCGUCGACAUGGCCUGCAUGGCCGCCUUCGCCCGCCGCUGCCUCAUGAACGACGAGAUGGUGGUGACCCCCCUGCACGGCGAGGAUGUCCUCACUCGGCCCGCCAUGUUCGCCGCCGUCAACCUCUACACGGUCACCGAGCGCCAGCUCGAGGAGCUGGGAGGCCCCUUCUCCGUCUCAGCCUUUGGCAUCGCCACCAUGCACGCCUUCGCCAUCUGGUUUUCUGUUACCUUCCCGACGUCCGCCCCCACAGACCGCACAGGCGAUGGGGGCCAUGACGACGGUCAACGUUCGACCAGGAGCCAUGACGACGGUCAACGUUCGACCAGGAGCCAUGACGAAGGUCAGCGUUUGACCAGGAGCCAUGACGAUGGUCAACAUGUGACCAGUGGCCAUGACGAUGGUCAGUGUUCGACCAGGAGCCAUGACGAUGGUCAACGUGCAAUCAAGAGCCAUGACGAUGGUCAGUAUACGACCAGGGACCCUCACGAUGGUCAAAGUGCGACUAGUACUUAUGGUGGUCAACGUGUGACCAGGAGCCAUAACAAUGAUCAUUGUAUGACUAGUAGCCCUGACGAUGGUCAACAUGCAACCAGGGGCCCUGACGAUGGUCAACGUGCAACUAGUGGCCCUUACGGUGGUCAACAUGUGACCAGAAGCCAUGACAAUGGUCAGCGUGCAACCAGUGGCCUUGAUGAUGGUCAACGUGCGACCAGUGGCCAUGACGAUGGCUAUCAAGCUACCAGUCCCCCUGCCGAUAGUGUGUGUACAGCUAAUGCCAGCAAUGAUGCGUCCAGUGCCAAAGCCCAUGCUUCCCAUGUAACCAGUACACACAUCAGCAAUGGCACUGUUGAGAGCCAAUGUGCAGUCUCAGCCAAUGGUGACAAUCUCUGUGAAUUUAAUUUCAAUAAUGAUACUAACCCCGUUACAUUUGAUCCCAACACUGAUGAAUGUGAGCCAGUUGUCCUGUCAACCUCGCCUUUCGCAGAGGAAACACAUUGGAAACAGACCUUGCUUUAUCUGGAUGAACCUGUCCAAGUGUUCCAGGACACUGUGAUAAAGGGGCAAAUAACUUUAACUCCAGCUGUAGAUAACCCACGACAUCUGCGGGUAUCUUUGGUUUAUGAGAUUGGAGAUAGUGGAAAAAAAACGAAAGUAUUCAAAAUGGGGGAGGAUUUCUCUUCGUUUGAGUGACGCUUUAUUGGUUUUUGGGCCCAAAUGGCCCCAUCCGUGCCUGGACUGUUACACUUGAUAUUUUUUGCUGUUUGCUCUCCAGUUGAUUUCCGAACUGAUUCAGUUGAAUGACUCAUUGUGAAAAAGUUGCCUUAACUCCAUGAACCCAUGCGGAGAGCCAAAGGAAGGAAUGGGCAAGCCAGGGAAAAUAAAUUCAAUCCUAAAGAGACGUUGAUUUGCUGGAUUGAUGAUUGUGGGACAAAAACAAAUUAAUCAAAAUGAUUGCUGCUUUUGAAUGAGUUGCUGUUCAUGCAUGUAUCCUUUUUAAACAUUUUAAUAACUUAAUGAACAAA